GUGCGCAGAAGCUAAAGGAGGGACCAAGUUACAGCACACACAGUCAUGUUCACUCAGUUGCUCUGAGUCUCACUGUCUCUUGUUUCUCUCUCCAGAACACACUUUAAAAGCUCUUGCACAUUCGCGGAGACACACACGUGACUUAGCUGAGUUUUGAGGCAAAUAAAUCAAUUUUCAACCAGACCGGACAGUAAAGGAAGAAAGAAACAAAAGAAAAAUUGGAAGUCUGCACAUCUCUUCCUUUUGGAACUUUGGACUUGGACAGGAGGAGUUGAAGAAGUUUUUUUUUCCUUUUACAGGUGGAAACAAACUUAAAUCCCAAGCUCUUGGGUCAAACAAACAAAAAGGAACUGUUUUUCUUAUUUAUUGUUGGACUUUUGGACUUGGACUGGGCGAAAGGGCAGUAAGAGGAAGGAGAUGGGGAGAUGGACGUUACAUCUCUCAGUGGGGCUUGGGCUUCUAGCCCUCCUGUUGAGCUGCUGUUAUGCUGAAGAGAACUACUGCUUUGCUUCCAGGGCCAAGACCUGCUCAGAAUGCCUGCAGUCUGGGAAAGGCUGUGCCUACUGCCCUGAUGAGACCUUUAACGGCCCUCGCUGUGACCUGCACGAGAACAUACUUGCCCAUGGCUGCAGUACUGCGGCUGUAAUCACAGCUGAAAGCAGUAUGACGAUGGAAAGAAAGGAAAAAAUCAACGCAAGAAUUCAGCAGUCUCAAGUGUCUCCACAGCAGAUGAGCAUGACCUUUCUGCCAGGGGAGGAGAAGAUGGUGGAUGUGGAGGUGUUUGCUCCAACCAAAGGCCCUCUGGACCUUUAUAUUCUUAUGGACUUCUCCAAUUCUAUGGCUGACGAUUUGGACAACUUGAAGAGGAUGGGCAAAGAGCUGGCUCAAGUGGUAGAGAAGCUGUCAGAAGACUACACCAUUGGGUUUGGAAAGUUUGUGGACAAAGUGAUCGAGCCCCAGACUGACAUGAGACCCUCCAAACUUAAGCAGCCGUGGCCCAACAGCGACCCUCCAUUCUCUUUCCAAAACGUCAUCAAGCUGACCAGUAAUUUGGAUUUCUUCACCAGUGAGCUCCAGAAGGAGAGAAUUUCAGGCAACCUGGACGCUCCUGAAGGAGGUUUUGAUGCCAUAUUGCAGGCUGCAGUUUGUGGGGAUAAGAUCGGCUGGCGCAACCACAGCACACAUCUCCUGGUUUUCUCCACCGAGUCAGCCUUCCACUACGAGGCUGAUGGUGCCAACGUGCUGUCAGGCAUCCUGCCGCGCAAUGACGAGCAAUGCCACCUUGACGCAGCGGGCAAGUACACAAUGGAUAUACACCAGGAUUACCCCUCAAUACCCACACUGAUCCGUCUGCUGGGCAAACACAACAUCAUCCCUAUCCUUGCUGUCACCAACCACUCCUACACAUACUACAAGAAGCUCCAAGAGUAUUUCCCCAUUGCUGAGGUCGGUCUGUUGCAAGAAGACUCGUCCAACAUCCUGCAACUCAUGGAGGCUGCUUUCGAGAGUAUCCGUUCUAAGAUGAGCAUCCGUGCAGAGGAGAAACCCAAGGCGUUUGAGGCACAGUUCAUGCACAUGGAUGGAAGCGUUGCACAAUACGGGGCUUUUGAUUUCAAGCCAGGCUCAAUAGGCAAGUUCAAGACGCGGCUCAAAGCCCAGCGAAUGAUCAAUGACGUGCCUGUCUGUCAGGUGGAUCCGAACGAAAAAGAGGGGAUGACGAGAAUCAAACCUACGACCUUUAACGCUGCCGUCAACAUUAAGGCUUCAGUUUUGUGUCCAACCUGCGAAUGUGAGAAGACGCCCAUCAUUAAAGCAGACAGAUGCAACGGCAACGGAGACCUGGUGUGUGGGAAGUGUCAGUGCUAUGAUGGCUGGCUGAGCACAUUCUGUAACUGCUCAGCGAGUGCUUCAGCUCAGGACACCAACCAAUGUAAAGGUCCGGACAUGAAGGAAGCUUGUUCAGGCCGCGGAGACUGCCUGGCGUGUGGAACCUGUGUGUGCUACAACCCGGAUCAGUUUGAAGGACCCUACUGUCAGUACGACAAGACCCAGUGUCAAAGAUAUGGAGGCUUCCUCUGCAACGACCGUGGCUCUUGCGUUAUGGGUCGGUGUGCGUGUACACAGGGCUGGGAGGGCAAUGCCUGCGAGUGUCCCAAGAGCAACCUGACCUGUCUGGACAGCAAGGGCGGUGUCUGCAAUGGCCGAGGUAAAUGUGUAUGCGGCCGCUGUGAGUGUCUGAACUCUGGUAUGGAGAUGACUUCAACAUGUGAGCCAAAUUUCCAGGCUCAGUUGGGAGUGUGUGAGGGUACGAGGAGUUGUGUCCAGUGUCAGGCCUGGAAAACAGGAGAGAAGAAAGACAAAGAGGAGUGUGAUAAGUGCCCCUUCAAAAUUGUCAUGGAGGAGAACCUCAAAGAAUCGGAGAAGGUGCUUGAUUCGUGCAGUUUCCGUGAUGAGGAUGACGACUGUACGUACUACUACACUGUUGAAAACCCUAAAGAACUGACAGAUAAAGACUUGGAGGUUCGGGUGCGCAAAAAGAAAGAUUGCCCCCCCGCUGGCCUCCUGUGGUUACUCCCACUCCUCUUGUUCCUCUUGUUACUGCUGGCGCUUCUGCUGCUCUGCUGCUGGAAAUUCUGUGCCUGCUGCAAAACCUGCUUACAGAGCUGCCUUGCCCUGCUGCCUUGCUGUAGGAAGUCACCUUAUGUUGUGUUCUCUCCAGGUCGCAUGGUUGGCUUCAAGGAAGAUGAGUAUUUGCUCCGCCAGUCUCUGCUCACCACGGACCACCUAGACACACCGAUGGUGAGGACUGGCCCACCCAAAGGAACCGAUAUUGUCCGCUGGAAGGUCACAGAUAAUGUACACCGAGGACCCAAUCACCCCCAGGCUAUGAUAAAACCCAACCCUAAAGAGACCAUCCAGUUCCCCAUCUCGCUCCGGCUAAACAAGUUGUUCUCUGAGACCCUGUCUCGCCCCGACUCCAAAGACGCCGAACAGCUCCGCAAGGAAGUGGCCGAUAACCUAAAUGAGGUGUACAAGCAGAUUCCCGGGGCCCAGAAGGUGCAAAAAACCUCAUUCAGAAUGCAGAGAAAUGCUGGAAAAAGGCAGGACUUCACCAUCAUGGACACCGUCUUGUCUGCUCCUCGCGGAAGCUACCCUGAUAUUGUCAGACUGACUGAGAAAAAUGUCCAGUCUGGAAACAUCAAUGACCUCAAAGUAGUGCCCGGCUACUACACUGUGGCCACAGACAGAGAGGCUGUGGGAGCAAUAGAGUUCCAAGAAGGCGUGGAGUCGGUAGACGUUCAUGUGCCACUUUUUGUCAAGGAUGAAGAUGAUGACAAGAAGUCGCUGCAGGUGGAGGCCACGGAUGUGCCACUAGGCAUUGCUGAGAUUGGGAAACGUUUGGUCAACAUCACCAUCAUCAAAGAGCAUGCCACCAGUGUCUUCUCGUUCCUCCAGCCGGCCUACACCUACAGCAGGCAGGACGGGGUGGCCAACAUCCCAAUCAGCAGAGAGAUCAUAGAAGAUGGACGCACACAGGUCACCUAUCGUACACGGGACCUCACGGCCAAGGAUAAGAAGGACUAUGUGACAGUGGAAGGAGACCUGAACUAUGGUCCUGGUGAGACCCAGAAAAUGGUGCCUGUUCAUCUGCUGGAGCUGGGUGAGAAAGAUGGCCUCCUGGAAGACAAACCGGUCAAGCAGUUUGUCAUGGAUCUCAGUAACCCACGGCAGGGCGCCAAGCUGGGACGCUACCCGAGAACUACUGUCACCAUAGCAGACCAACCAGAGCCCAGUGUGGUAAUGUUCAAAAGGGGCGCCCAGAACUUCACCACAUCUGACCUAAGCUAUAACAUCCCUGUGGUCCGCACUCGCAACCUGGACAGCCCCGUCACAGUGAAAUGGCGCACCAAAGAGGCCCUGCGCUAUAAGCAGUCCGGCCUGCUGAUGUUUGGUCCUGGAGAGACGGAGAACAACAUAGUGAUCGAGCGCCCAGUGGAGCCAGAGACCUUCCAACUGGAGCUGUCUGACCCAAGUAGCAACGCAAUGAUCGGAGAGAGGAAGACAACCAUUGUCAAUGUCAUUGAUCAUAACGUUGAGAGAGACAUUGAUCAGAAGCAGCAACUUGGUUACAUAAACCAGAAAGCGCUCUCCCCUGGUAUUCACCUCCCCGCCCCAGGAAACCCUAAGGCCCGAGCAACUGGCCCCAGAAGCAUCCGCCUCAACUGGGACCCACCGCCUGGUAACCCCAUGGGGUACAAGGUGAAGUAUUGGAUCUAUGGUGAUCCAGAAAAAGAUGCCCAGGUCUUAGAUGUGAAGACUCCUCAAGCUGAGCUGACCAACCUGUACCCCUAUUGUGACUAUGAGAUGCGAGUGUGCGGCUACAAUGCAGUGGGAGAUGGCUACGAUACAGACAUGGUUGCCUGUCAGACACUGGAGGAUGUGCCUGGUGAACCUGGACGCUUGGCCUUUAACGUCAUCAGUCCAACUGUCACUCAGGUCAGCUGGGCGGAGCCUGCAGAGACCAAUGGCAACAUUGUGGCUUAUGAGGUUGUCUACACACCCAUCGAUGAUCUAACAACCACAGGCCCCGCUAAGAAGGUAAAGAUUGACAACCCCAAGAAGCGAAUGCUGUUGAUUGAGAACCUCCAGACCGCUCAGACCUACUUGUACCAGGUCCGGGCCAAGAACAGCGUGGGCUGGGGCCCCUUCCGAGAUGCCACCAUCAACCUGGCAUCACAGCCUGCCAGACCUUUGUCCAUUCCCAUCAUUCCAGAUAUCCCUAUUGUGGAUGCAGAGGCAGGAGACGAGUAUGACAGCUACCUGAUGUACAGCAAUGAGGUGAUGAAGUCCCCAACAGGCUCCAAGACACCCAGCGUCUCUGGUGAUGAUUACACGGUGAAUGGGAAGUGGGAACAGAACUUCCUUUUCCCGGGGGGAUCAGGGACACGCAACUUGUCAGCAUCGUCCUCUCCUAUGUCCACUCUGAGCUCAAACUACAGAGGAGCAGGCGGCUCCUUUACCACAGAAACAAACACCACACACUACAUGUCCGGACAAGGAGGCUCUCGUAGACUUGACAUGAUCGGAGGAGGAGGAGUUCACACAUCAGAAGUCAUCAUGAGGAAGCGCUCAGAGAACAGGGGUUACACCGAUGAAAACAUCCGGGACUCUAUCGUCAUUGGAGACGUGUCAAGCCAAAUCUCAGACAUAAGUGGGCUCGGCUACAUUGGGAUGCAGAGCAGCUCUCAGAGCCAGUUCAGCUACAGCCUGUCUCAGGGUUCGAGGGCCAGGACCCAGUCUUCAGACGUCAAUGAAGCCCUGUAUAAUCUGGACAGGGUGCUGCAGGAUGCACGAGUUUCUCCGGGUAUUCCAGACACCCCCAGCAGACUGGUGUUUUCUGCUCUGGGUCCCACUGCUCUCAAAGUCAGCUGGCAGGAGCCCCACUGUGAGAAAGACAUCCUGGGCUACUGUGUUCUCUACCAGCUGCUCAAUGGAGGUGAGGUGAAGCGUAUUGACGUGAUGAACCCAGCAGAGAACUCUGUGAUCAUCCAGGACCUGCUGCCCAACCACUCCUACCUAUUUAAGGUAAUGGCUCAGAGCCAGGAGGGUUGGGGUCCAGAGAGAGAGGGGGUCAUCACCAUCGAGUCCGCUGUCGACCCCAAGAGUCCCCUCAGCCCCAUGCCAGGCUCACCAUUUACUCUGAGCACUCCCAGUGCCCCGGGCCCCCUGGUCUUCACCGCUCUGAGCCCUGAUUCCCUGCAGCUCAGCUGGGAGAAACCUCGUAAACCCAACGGAGACAUCCUGGGCUAUGUAGUCACCUGUGAACAGCUGCAUGGUGGAGGAGACGUGCGCUCCUUCCAGGUGAACGGCGACAGCGCUGAGACCAGUCUGACCGUCCCAAACCUGACUGAGAACGUCCCCUACAAGUUUAAAGUUCAGGCUCGCACCACACAGGGCUUCGGUCCGGAGAGGGAGGGAAUCAUUACCAUUGAGUCUCAGGAUGGAAGCGCUUUGUCUCAUUACAACAGCCAGUCAAUGGUGAGGAGGGAAGUUUUCCAGAUGCCAACAGAUGUCAGCACACGAACCAACAUCUCCCACACCAUGAUCAAUGACCCCUACUUCUCAGAUGGGAUGAUGAUGACCACACAGCACACAGAGACCAGCGGCCUGGUGACCCGUCAAAUCACCAAGGAAGUGGUUCAGCGGAGCGUCGUAGGAGGAGCCACCGUCUCAAAGAAGAUGUUUUAUACGUCCAAAUAAACACCCGAAAGUCCAACAUGAUGAGGAAUCAUAUCUGAGAUUCUCUUUUAAAAAAGAGUCACGCGCCAUCAGUGUAUGUUUUUAUAUGUGUGUGUGUGUGUGUGUGUGUGUGUGUUUUGUGACCAAAAAAAAAAAAGAUUUCAUGUACUAAAGAGGCCCCUCUAUCGUGUCUGUUACAAACCGGGGCCACGUUCCACCACAGAUUGGGUUCAUUUUAACAUUUACAGUCAUUUUCACUGUUGCUUCUGAUGUGUUUCAUUCUGGUUUCUUUUCACUAAGCAAAUCAUUUAGUGUUAGACUCCACUCCCUCUGUCGGUUCAGAUCUGGUAACACACACUGCGGCUUUAAAUCAGGCCAGCACAGGCCAGUAAUCUGACUGCGGUUCAGUAAUCCAAAGUGACCUUUGUCUCCCGACCUCCACCUGUCUGUAAGAGAUGUUUUGUCUGUGUGCGGUGUUUUGACUGUUUCUGGUGAAACCCACCAAAUUUCAACUACUCUUUAUUUUUAAGAUGCAUCUGCUUGCAGGGGAGAUUGCCUUGAAAUUGCUGUGGUCUUACGCUGAGUUAUCAAGAGUAUGAAAGUGGUGUAUUUGGGACUUUUGUUCAUAGAUUUGUAUUAUAUUAAGUAUGAUAAACUUUUUAUCCAAACAUAUUUAAUACUUAAUUUUACUUUAAAAGACUGGCAUUUAACUUAAUGCCAAAUACAGAGGUAUUUCAGCAAACGCAGGUUGGUGCACACACACAUUUCCUACUGACAAGCAAGGGCCGUGAUUUUUGCAAAACAAAAUCUUUUAGAUUUUAUAAGAUGUGUUAUACACUGCUACAACUUGAUACUUUUCAUGUUUCUUUACUCUGCAAAGCCAUUGUAUUAAGAGUAGAUUAACAAGCGAACAAUGAGAUCUUGAUAUUUUAGAGAAAUGGUAUGUAAAGACAUAAAGAUUGUAUUUGCUUCAAUGCAAGUUCUACUGUAUUUUGGCUCAUGUAUCUCUUACUUUACUUUUUUUCAUUGUUUCUUUUUUUUUAGUAUGGCAAUUCUGUUGCACCAAAAUAAAGAUUUGAAAUCAA